GUCAAGCACGAGUAUGAACACAUCGCCGAUACCAAGAGACAAGAGCAUCCGCAGGUGUUCCCUGGGUACAAGUUCCAACCGGUGAAGAAGGAGGACAAGGAGAAACGCAAGGAAGAGGAGAAGGCUGAGAAGGCGAGAGUGAAGGAGGAGCUGAAGAAGGCCAAGUCGCGUCACGUACCGUACGUUCAGCAGGAUCUCUUCGUCCCGGGGCCGCCUCCCCAGCUCCCGCAACCGCCUUUUGUGCAUCUCAACCACCCCUACCGCCCCGCGCUCUCCACCACUCUCGGCCGCCUCGUCGCCGACCUGGACGCCCAGUCCCUUGUCUGUCGCUGGCGACUUCCCGGGGGAGGACGACGCGCAGGACGUGAAGAUGUCCUUCCCUGGACGUCCGUCAUGUUGCCGCCGACGGAGAAACGGCCACGGGCUGGGAAAGGAAAGCAACCUGCGUACGAUUCACGCAUGCCCCCGCCUCUCGUACCAAGCAAAGUGUAG